GUUCAGUCGUUUACUAGCGGCCGAUUAAGAAGGUUCGUUAUUUUAUUACGGUUGGUUAAGGCAAAAAUCCAGCGGCCACGUGGGUGUCUUUUUGUGUUUUUCUAAUAAAACAUCUAAUUUUCAACAAAUUUAUGAAAUUUUGUUGAGUGUUUUACAAAUUUAUACAAAAUCUUUAAUCAUAUUAAUGAAAACACAAUAAAUUUUGAAUUAAAUCAAGAGUUUAAGUGCUGUAUAGAAAGAAAGUUACAAUUAAUCAUACAAGUGUCAUUUCUACGCAUCAAUCUUUUUCACAUAGGAAGUCUGUCAAUUGAUAAUUAAGACAUUUUAAGCACCAUGACAUACGACUGCUAUCUUGUUCUUCAAGACUCCACCGUCUUGCCAGGACGUUCCUUUGGAAGUCGUCAAGAACGAGAUGGAGAAGUUGUUUUCCAAACUGGUAUGGUUGGUUAUCCAGAAUCGAUGACUGAUCGAUCAUAUCGAGGACAAAUAUUAGUUCUUACUUAUCCACUGGUUGGAAACUACGGAGUCCCUGAUACAACCGAAGUCGACGAACACGGUCUUUUGAAGCAUUUCGAAUGGACUGCUGGAAUAUCCAUAUCAGCUUUGGUAGUUGGAGAAAUUUGCGAUACUCCAUCUCAUUGGCGUGCAAAGCAAACUCUAUCAAAAUGGAUGGAGAAUGAAGGUAUUCCCGGAAUCAGUGAUAUCGAUACUCGUGCUUUGACAAAGAAAAUUCGAGAACAUGGCUCACUUUUGGGUCGGAUUGUUUAUGAAAUCCCUGCCAAUCCUGAGACCCUUCUAUUCCAAGAUCCCAAUGAGAGAAAUUUAGUUGCAGAGUGUUCAGUUAAGACUCCGGUGGUCUUUAACGAAUCCGGUUCUCCUAGAAUAUGUGCUAUUGAUUGUGGACUGAAAUUGAACCAAAUAAGAUGUUUCGUAGAACGUGGAGCUCGUGUGGAAUUGGUUCCAUGGAAUCAUGAAUUGGACGAAAACGAAUUCGAAGGUUUGUUUUUGAGCAACGGUCCAGGUGAUCCAGUUGUGUGUAAAGAUACCGUAGCUCAAGUUAAGAAGGUUUUGAAUAAUGGAAAACGUCCAAUUUUUGGAAUCUGUUUGGGACAUCAGCUAUUGUCCACUGCAGCUGGGUGUAAGACCUUCAAAAUGAAAUACGGUAACCGUGGACACAAUUUGCCUUGUGUUCAUCAAGGAACGGGACGCUGUUUUAUGACAUCCCAGAAUCAUGGAUUUGCUGUUGACACCAAAACCCUUCCUUCCGAUUGGGAACCUUUAUUUACAAACGCCAACGAUCACACCAACGAGGGUAUCAUUCACAAAGAUAAACCCUAUUUUUCGGUCCAAUUCCAUCCAGAACAUACUGCUGGUCCCGAAGAUUUGGAAAUGCUGUUUGAUGUGUUUCUAGAUGCUGUUCGAAAUGCUGAUCAAUCAGGAAAAAGCCUGCGUGAACAAUUGAAUGACAAACUAACUUAUGUGCCAACACCUGAAUCUAUUUUGGAAGAACGACCACGAAAAGUUCUUAUCCUUGGAUCAGGAGGCUUAUCUAUUGGACAAGCUGGAGAGUUUGAUUACUCAGGAUCCCAAGCUAUCAAGGCAAUGAAAGAGGAGAAAAUUCAAACAAUCUUGAUCAAUCCCAAUAUUGCAACCGUUCAAACUUCAAAAGGUCUAGCUGAUAAAUGCUAUUUCCUACCCUUGACACCGGAAUACGUUGAGCAAGUUAUAAAAGCUGAACGUCCAAAUGGAGUUCUACUGACAUUUGGUGGUCAAACGGCAUUGAAUUGUGGUGUAGAACUAGAAAGAGCUGGUGUCUUCAAACGGUACAAUGUCAAGAUUCUUGGAACUCCAAUAAAAUCAAUCAUCGAAACUGAAGACCGAAAAAUAUUUGCCGAUCGUGUUAACGAAAUCGGCGAGAAAGUUGCACCUUCAGAGAUUGCUUAUUCUGUAGAAGAAGCCUUAGCUGCUGCAGAAUCCUUAGGUUAUCCAGUGAUGGCUCGAGCAGCUUUCUCACUUGGAGGACUUGGAUCAGGUUUUGCCAAUAAUCAAGAAGAAUUGAAAAAUCUUGCUGAACAAGCUUUAGCGCAUUCAAGCCAAUUGAUCAUUGACAAGUCUCUAAAAGGUUGGAAGGAAGUUGAAUACGAAGUCGUUAGAGAUGCUUUCGAUAAUUGCAUCACUGUGUGUAAUAUGGAAAACCUUGAUCCCUUGGGAAUUCAUACUGGAGAAAGUAUUGUAGUUGCACCAUCUCAGACCCUUUCGAAUAAAGAGUACAACAUGCUUCGGACAACAGCUAUUAAGGUCAUCCGACACUUUGGGGUCGUUGGUGAGUGCAACAUUCAAUACGCCUUGAAUCCCUUCUCCGAGCAAUACUACAUUAUUGAAGUCAACGCCAGGUUGUCUAGGAGUUCUGCCUUGGCUAGUAAGGCAACUGGUUACCCAUUGGCUUAUGUGGCAGCCAAACUUUCGUUAGGAGUUGCCCUCCCAACAAUUAAGAACUCGGUCACUGGAGUGACAACAGCCUGUUUCGAGCCAAGUUUAGAUUAUUGUGUGGUUAAGAUCCCUCGAUGGGAUUUGGCCAAAUUCAUUCGAGUUAGCAAGAAUAUUGGCAGUUCGAUGAAGAGUGUGGGUGAGGUAAUGGCAAUUGGGCGAAACUUUGAGGAAGCCUUCCAGAAGGCACUUCGAAUGGUUGAUGGAAAUGUCAAUGGUUUCGAUCCCUAUUUGCAACCAGUCAAAGAAGAGGAGCUAACUGAACCAACAGACAGGCGUCCAUUUGUUCUUGCUGCAGCUCUCAAAGCAAAUUAUACAAUCGACCGGUUGCAUGAAUUGACCAAAAUUGAUCGUUGGUUUUUGAGCAAAAUGGAGAAUAUAAUUGAGUUCCAAGGAAUUUUGGAAGCCAAUGGAACUCAUCUGACUCACGAUCUGAUUGUUAAAGCCAAGAAGAUGGGUUAUUCUGAUAAACAAAUUGCUGCAGCAACAAAGAGCACAGAGCUGGCUGUUCGUCGUCAAAGGCAGGAGAUGGGAAUUGUUCCGUUUGUUAAACAAAUCGAUACCGUUGCUGGAGAAUGGCCAGCUGCAACGAACUAUUUGUACUUAACAUACAAUGCUUCCGAACAUGAUUUGGAUUUCCCUGGAAACUUUACAACUGUGGUAGGUUCUGGAGUGUAUCGCAUUGGUUCAUCUGUUGAGUUCGAUUGGUGUGCUGUUGGUUGUCUCCGAGAGCUUCGCAAAUUGGGCAAAUCUACCAUUAUGAUUAACUAUAAUCCGGAAACCGUUUCGACGGAUUACGAUAUGUGUGAUCGUUUGUAUUUUGAAGAAAUAUCUUUCGAAGUGGUCAUGGAUGUCUAUGAGAUGGAAAAAUCCGAUGGAAUCAUUGUUUCCAUGGGCGGACAGUUGCCAAACAAUAUCGCAAUGGAUUUGCAUCGUCAGCAAGCUAAGGUUCUGGGAACUUCUCCUGAAUCUAUUGAUAGUGCAGAGAAUCGUUUUAAGUUUUCCCGAAUGUUGGACCGUAAAGGUAUUUUGCAACCUCGUUGGAAGGAGCUUACCAAUCUUCAGUCUGCCAUUGAGUUCUGUGAAGAGGUUGGCUAUCCAUGUUUAGUUCGACCAUCGUAUGUUUUGUCUGGAGCAGCAAUGAAUGUAGCCUAUUCUAACCAAGAUCUAGAGACCUAUUUGAAUGCUGCUUCAUUAGUCAGCAAGGAACAUCCAGUAGUUAUUUCAAAGUUUUUGACUGAAGCGAAAGAAAUCGAUGUUGAUGCAGUUGCAGCUGAUGGAGAAAUCCUAUGCAUGGCUGUAUCGGAGCAUGUUGAAAAUGCAGGAGUUCAUUCGGGAGAUGCAACUUUGGUAACUCCGCCACAAGAUUUGAAUCCGGAAACUUUGGAGAAUAUAAAACGUAUCACAAGGGAUUUGGCAUCUUUGCUAGAUGUAACAGGACCCUUCAAUAUGCAACUUAUAGCCAAGAAUAACGAACUGAAGGUCAUUGAGUGCAAUGUGAGAGUAUCUAGAUCAUUCCCAUUUGUUUCAAAGACUCUUAAUCAUGAUUUUGUUGCAACUGCUACUCGUGCGAUUAUUGGUAUGACUGUAGAUCCUGUCGAAGUGCUUCAUGGAGUUGGAAAAGUUGGUGUCAAAGUGCCACAAUUCAGUUUUGCACGUCUUGCUGGUGCAGAUGUACAGUUGGGAGUUGAAAUGGCAUCAACUGGUGAAGUAGCAUGUUUUGGUGACAAUCGAUAUGAGGCCUAUUUGAAAGCUAUGAUGUCUACUGGAUUUCAGAUACCGAAAAAAGCUAUUCUUUUAUCUAUUGGUAGUUUCAAGCAUAAAAUGGAACUGCUACCAUCUAUACGCGAUUUGGCCAAAAUGGGAUACAAGCUGUAUGCUUCCAUGGGUACUGGAGACUUUUAUGCUGAACAUGGCGUUGACGUUGAAUCAGUACAAUGGACCUUUGAUAAAGUUGCCACCGAGGACGCCAGUGGUGAGUUGAGGCAUUUGGCUGAGUUCUUGGCAAAUAAACAAUUCGACAUGGUUAUUAAUCUUCCAAUGCGUGGAGGUGGUGCUCGACGUGUAUCUUCAUUUAUGACCCAUGGCUAUCGUACACGUCGUCUAGCUGUAGACUAUUCUAUUUCUCUCGUAACAGAUGUCAAAUGCACUAAACUUCUUGUUGAAGCUAUGCGCCGUAUUGGACGUGCACCGAUAAUGAAGACUCACACCGACUGUAUGACUUCUCGUCGAAUGGUAACCCUGCCUGGUUUCAUUGAUGUCCAUGUUCAUCUCCGAGAACCAGGUGCCACCCACAAAGAAGACUUCUCAACCGGUACAGCUGCAGCUUUAGCUGGUGGAGUUACUAUGAUCUGUGCAAUGCCAAAUACCACGCCAUCAAUAACCGAUCGAACAACGUUCAAUUUGUUCCAAGAUCUUGCCAAAGUUGGUGCACGAUGUGACUACGCUUUGUAUAUCGGUGCAUCUGACAGUAAUUGUGGUCAACUUGCUGAAUUGGCACCACAAGCGGCUGGUUUAAAAAUGUACCUUAAUGACACUUUCAGCACCUUGAAGAUGACAGAUAUGACUGUGUGGGAGAAACACCUUCAGAGUUGGCCAAAACGUUGUCCAAUAGUAUGUCACGCUGAGAAACAAACAAUGGCUGCUGUGAUCCUCCUGGCACAUAUGAUGGACCGAUGCAUUCAUAUCUGCCACAUAGCUCGCAAAGAAGAAAUCAUGAUUAUCCGGGCCGCUAAAGAGAAGGGUAUCCGAGUGACGUGUGAAGUAUGUCCCCAUCAUUUGUUCCUUUCGACAGAUGAUAUCGAUAGUAUUGGUUCCGGACGUGCUGAAGUUCGUCCGGUUCUAUGUUCUCCCGAAGAUCAACAAGCAUUGUGGGAUAAUAUGGAAUACAUUGAUGUAUUCGCCACUGAUCAUGCUCCUCACACGGUUGAGGAGAAAAACUCAGCUAAACCCCCACCAGGCUUCCCAGGCUUGGAAACAAUUCUGCCACUUCUCUUAAAAGCUGUUAACGAAGGACGUCUCACUCUAGAAGACAUCAAGAACAAGUUCUAUCGCAAUCCGAAGAGAAUUUUCAAUCUUCCCGAACAACCCAAUACUUAUGUCGAAGUUGAUUUAGACGAAGAAUGGGUAAUUCGAAAAGAGAAGAUGCAUUCCAAGGCUAAAUGGACGCCAUUUGAUGGUACAAAAGUCAAGGGGCGUGUUCAUAGAGUCGUUCUUCGAGGUGAAGUUGCCUUUAUCGAUGGAGAAGUUCUUGUUCCACCUGGUUUCGGAAUUAACGUUCGAACGCAAUACUCUCGGAAAUCUCUCCUCCAUCAAUCUAUGGAAUCUUUGGAUUAUAACCAAUCAUCUGAAGCUAUCGAUUCUUUAGGAAAGGCAGACAUUUUGAAUAGAAGCUCAGAUUACGUUUCUGACCUACAAACGAAUGAAGCAUUCUCAAAACUUCUGCCAGACCCAGUGCCAAAACUUGCUGUUCAUUUCGCUGGAGAUCCUAACUUCUUGAGACCUACUUCGCCAGUUCCAAGAAUCCGUUAUGAUUCGACUGGAAACUCAACUCUUAAAGAACUCAUUCAAAAGACCAGCAGUGCAACGUUAAGUCCAACUACACAUGGACUUUUGGGAAAACAUAUUCUUACAGUCGACAUGUUUAGCAAGGAACAACUGAAUGAUAUUUUCAACUUGGCUCAAAUAUUCAAGAGUCGAGUUACCAAGGAUCGUCCUCUUGACGACAUUCUGAAAGGCAAAAUUAUGGCUUCUGUUUUCUAUGAAGUCAGUACAAGAACUUCGUGUAGUUUUGCUGCAGCCAUGCAGAGGCUUGGUGGACGAGUAAUCUACAUGGACGAGACGAGCUCAUCGGUCAAAAAGGGAGAAACUUUGGAGGACAGUGUGGCAGUUAUGGCUGGAUAUGCUGAUGUUAUUGUUCUAAGGCAUCCUGAGCCAGGAGCAGUUUCGAGGGCAGCUCAACACUGCCGCAAGGCUCUGAUCAAUGCUGGCGAUGGUGUUGGGGAGCAUCCAACACAAGCUCUCUUGGAUAUUUUCACUAUUCGAGAGGAAAUUGGUACAGUGAACGGCCUAACCAUUACAAUGGUGGGUGACUUGAAACACGGCAGGACCGUGCAUUCCUUGGCUCGUUUGCUGACACUUUACAAUGUGACUUUGCAAUAUGUCAGUCCUGAUAAUCUAGGCAUGCCAGACCGUAUUAUGCGUUACGUAAGCUCGAAGGGUAUCAAUCAAAAGACCUAUAGUUCUAUUGAAGCGGCAUUGCCAACCACAGAUGUACUCUACAUGACCAGAAUUCAAAAGGAACGCUUUGCAUCAGAAAAGGAUUAUAAUAAUUGUUGUGGACAUUUUGUUGUAACUCCAAAACUUAUGACAGAAGCUAACCGACGCAUGAUUGUUAUGCAUCCUCUACCAAGAGUAUUCGAAAUCAGUAAAGAGUUUGAUUCAGAUCCUAGAGCAGCAUACUUUAGACAAGCUGAAUAUGGAAUGUAUGUACGAAUGGCUCUUUUGGCAAUGGUCCUUGGAAGGAAUUAAAAUCUUGUUGAUGCAAUAAUAAAAUUAAGUUUUGUUUUGUACAACUUUGUUCGAUUUUGUAACAUAAGAUUAAAGUAUUUUUUUAUAUAUCAUUAAAAAA